AUGGAGAGGAAGAGCUCGGGGUACUGUGAGGCUCCAAAGAAACGGGGCCUGUCCUUCUCCAUCGAGGACAUCUUAAAGAGGCCGGCUGAGAGGAGCGAUGUGGUCAGGCCAGAAGGGACAAGUGGAUGGGGCACCAGGCAGGCAGCAGCUGCAGAUUUCAGGCCAGAGAGACCCCCGCAGGACCAGUCCCAAGAGGGGAAGAAGGGUAAGCGGAGGAUCCGAACCACCUUCACCACAGAGCAGCUGCAGGAGCUGGAGAAGAUCUUCCACUUCACUCACUACCCUGAUGUCCACGUCCGCAACCAGCUGGCAGCCAGGAUCAACCUCCCAGAAGCUCGUGUGCAGAUCUGGUUCCAGAAUCAGCGAGCCAAGUGGCGGAAGCAGGAGAAGACAAACAGCGUUGGGGCUUCGCAACCGCUGAGUGAGGCCGGCUUGGCCCCGCCCACAAACCCGGACGUGGCCGGCCCCACGCUGCCACACCCUGCACAGCCCAGGCUGCUUCCUCUCACGGGGUGCUGUCCACCAGCUCAAAGUCAACUGACCUCUGCCUGGCUCCCCGCCCAGAUCACCCUCCUCCCAUGCCACCCAUGGAAGACACAGCCUCUGCCAGCCCCUCUCAUCAUCCAGCAGACCUGCAUCCCUACACUCUGCUUGUUCCCACCUCCGCACCCCAGAGGAGGCAGCAUCUCUACCAUCUCCAUAACAGAGACUGGACAUCCUCUCCUGCGUGGAGCCUCUCUCCUCUCCAGGUUACUUCGGAUUCAGCAGCAAGGUGACCAGUAGAGGAAGCUCUCCUCUCUCCUGGCCAGUGUGGCCCUCCUGCUUCAGGCAACAGAUGUGAGGUCUCAGGAUGAGACCUGGAAGGAGAUUGCCCUCUUGAACCUGUGUUUCCUUUAUGUGGUUAUGUGACCUCCAGCCAGUCGCUCACCGCUCUGGACUUCAUCUUGUAACACAGGCUGUUGCACAGAUGACUCCUGACCACCCUUCUGGCCCUUACCUUGGUGAGAUGAACCGUGGUGAGAACAGCACAGAGAAGGCCAAGGAGGGGUUGUCUGUUCACUCACUUGUAAGACACUUAUUAAACACCUACUGAGUGCCUCA